ACCCAGCCGAACGUCGUGGAUAACUUCAGGCCAACCACGACGCAAGUUCACUUCGUAAUACAGAGGCGAGAACUAUUUCUUCAGUUAAACACAGCUCAGCUACUACCAAGAGAGGUAGAAAAACCUAUCUCAGUACCUGUCGAUAACAGGAACACCACUGGUAACAUGUCAACGGCAAAUACAACAAAAGCUAAUAGCACUAGCGCUCCAGAUGGAAACGUGGAGCUUACAGAUGAGGAAAUACGCGAUCUACUGCGGGCAAACAACUGCACGAACCUAAAGUUUGAUGAGGAGGCCGGAGCCGUCGUUUAUAACAAAGACAUAUUGAAUCAAUAUCAAAAGCACAAAGAAACCCAAACCAAUAUGGAACUAGUGCUAAUGUGUAUUUCUACGGCAGCAGUGUUUCUGGCUCUCAUAUUACUGACGGCGUUAAGGUUAAAGAGUUCAGAAAAGCUGUUCAUACACAAGAAUCUCCUUUUGUCGCUGGGUCUUGGAAAUCUUGUGUAUAUCAUGGAUAAGACUUUAUUUGAUACAAGAGAAAAACAUACGGCUUUAUGUACAGUGGUGACGGUCAUUCAGUAUUUCUUCCACACGGCAAUAUUUACAUGGAUGCUUGUGGAAGGAAUAAAUCUCUACAUCAAGCUGGUUAAAGUAUUUUCAGCGAAGAACCAAUAUGUGGCAUAAGUGGCCUUCGGAUGGGGAAUUCCUACUGUUAUCACGGGGUUGGUGGCUGCUAUCAGUUCGUCCACAUUUGACAUGGGGAAGCCUUCGUAUACCGAUAUAUCUUGUGGUGCUCUCCAACUCACCGCUAGAAAUGAGCGACGCAGAUGUUGGAUCAAUGGGAGUGUAUGGAUUUACAAAGGACCCAUAUUAGGGAUUCUUGUGGCAAAUACUGUAUUAUUUGUAAUUCUGCUUCGCGUCAUAUUUGGGAAAAUAUCCACUAGAUACGGAGGUGAUAGCAUACAAGCUACAAAGAAGGGCAUCAGAAGUACCGUCGCCUUGCUCCCGUUGCUCGGGGUUACCUGGCUUGUCGGUUUUUUCGUAGAGCUCCAUCAUGCCGUAGCAUAUAUCUUCAUUCUGUUAAACUCCUCACAG